AUGUCGCUAAUCUACUUGGACUAUAAUGCUACCACACCAAUAGAUGUUGCAGUCUCCUCUGCAAUGAUUCCAUACAUGACCCAACAUUUUGGCAAUCCAUCUUCGUCUCAUCACUACGGCACUAUUACUAAGAAGGCAGUCACACGAUCACGUAUUCAAGUUUCACAAUUGUUGAAUUGUCAUCCCGAUGAGGUGAUUUUUACGAGUGGAGGAACAGAAAGUAAUAAUUAUGCAAUCAAGAAUGCCCUGUUAAACUCAAGUGAUCGAAUCAUUCAUUGUAUUACAUCUAGAGUUGAACAUCCUUCAGUGAUGGAAGUUUUCAAAUUUCUAGAACAAAGAUAUAGUCGAGUAAGAGUAACGUAUUGUGGUGUUGAUGAGAAUGGCACGAUUAGAUUGGACGAAUUUAAAAAUGCACUGAGUAGGGAGACUCUUUUGGUUAGUGUCAUGCAUUCGAAUAAUGAAGUUGGCACACUGCAACCAAUUAGAGAAAUUGGAAAAUUAAUUAGAAGUUUUGAAAAGGAGAAUCAAAUGGAGAGAAAUUCAAUCAUUUUACAUACAGAUGCUGCUCAAAAGGAUAUCACACCGGUUCACCUACUUUCUGUAUGUACACACAAAUUCUAUGGUCCAAAGGGUGUUGGUGCCUUAUUUAUCAGAAGAAAUUGUGGCAUUCAAUUAGAGAAACAAGUGCAUGGAGCUUCUGUUCAUGAGAGAGGAUACAGAAGUGGUACUGAGAAUGUUAUUCUAGUUGUUGGAUUAGGUAAAGCCUGUGAGCAAUGCCUUAUUCAUAUGGUUGACAGAGUUGAACACAUGUUUACAACAAGGGAGAAACUUUACAAUGGAUUGUUAAACAACUUGUCAAAUAUUGUACAAAUCAAACUGAAUGGUCAUCCAGAGAAGAGACUUCCAAACACUUUGAAUAUUUCUUUUGCUGGAAUUGAGGCUAAUACAAUUUUAGAUGAUCUCUCCCAACACAUUGCAGCAAGUGCUGGUUCAGCUUGCCACUCUUCAUCUCAUGAGGAAGGCGCAGAGAAGAAAAUUGUAAUUUCACAAAUAUUGGCUGAAAUGGGAGUGGAUGUAAAUAUUGCUAUGGGAACUAUACGUUUCUCAACUGGUUUAUUAUUGACAAAUGAUGAGGUUGAGAGUGCUAUUCACCAUGUUACUGAUACUAUUAGCAAAUUG